AAUGGUAAAAUUACAAGACGAGAAUGGAAAAAUAUAUGGAAAUGAAGACAAAGAAGAAGAAGCAAUAAAUGAAGAGAAUGAGGAGGAAGAAGAGAAGGAAGAGAAUGAUGAAUUUUCUGAAGAGGAAGAAGAGGAGGAGGAAAGGCCGAAGGGAGGGAGGAGGAAGGGGAAAGUUAAGGAAGAAAAGAAUGGGAAGAGUAGAGGGAAGGGAGGUGAAAGAGGGAAGGGAGGAAGAAGAAGGGAAGAAGUAGAGGAGGAAGAGGAGGAGGAAAAAGAGAAGGAGGAAAGGAGUAAAGCAAGGAAAGAGAAGGAAGAACUAAACAAAGAAAAAAUGCCCGAUCAGAUCCCUAUGCAAAGGGAAAGACCCACAACUCGAAAACCACAAAUGGACAGAUCAAACCGUCCAGGCACUAGUAGUUAUAGUAUUAGUAGUUCUACAGUUAUGCCAGAAAUAGGAAAAGAGUCGAUUACUGGAAUGUUAGCUAAUCGAGUAAGAGCUCAAGUCAGCAAUAAAAAUUUACAUGAGAAACCCGGCUGGUUAGUUGCCUUCUUUGGUUUACUUGGAGUGGCUUUAAUUUGUUGUUGUGUUUACGGCAUUAUCCGCAAACUUUUUGCAAAACGGAGGCAUGGAGAGAAAAAUAAAAAUACAGGGAAAUUAGGCGGUUUUGGAGGACUUUUUGGUGGUGGGUCGAAAGUAGCAACUGGGCCGAUGGAUGCAAUUGACGGGAUUUUGGGUGGUGGAGUUGCGAAUAAAUUUGGUGCAGAUAUGGAGAAUCUCGGAGCGAAUAUGGAACAAAACGAAAAGGAACAGGCUGGACAGAAAGAAGAACUUAACCUGGGCCGAAUACAAUAUAAACUUGAUUAUGACUUCCAACAAGGACAAUUAGCCGUAACAGUAAUCCAAGCAGAGAAUUUGCCAGGAAUGGAUAUGUCUGGAACUUCUGACCCUUAUGUAAAGCUUUAUUUGUUGCCUGAGAAGAAAAAGAAAGUAGAAACAAAAGUGCACAGGAAGACACUCAAUCCAGUCUUCAAUGAAACAUUUAUAUUUAAGGUUCCCUUCAACGAAUUGCCCAGUAAAACACUUGUCUUCUCCAUCUACGACUUUGACCGUUUCUCAAAACACGAUCAAAUAGGCCAAGUAAUAUUGCCAUUAGGCAAAAUUGACUUAGGUCAAGUAAUUGAAGAAUGGAAAGAUAUUCAACCCCCACCUGAUGAUAAGGAGGCGGAAAAAAAUUUGGGGGAUAUUUGUUUCUCUUUACGUUAUGUGCCGACUGCUGGAAAAUUAACCGUUGUUGUACUGGAAGCAAAAAAUCUCAAAAAGAUGGAUGUUGGCGGUCUUUCUGAUCCAUACGUAAAAAUUGUUUUAAUGCAAGGUGGAAAGAGACUGAAAAAGAAAAAAACGUCAAUCAAGAAAUGCACGUUAAAUCCUUACUAUAAUGAGUCGUUCUCUUUUGAGGUUCCGUUUGAACAAAUACAGAAAGUGAUGUUAUUGAUCACAGUAAUGGAUUAUGACAAGCUUGGUUCGAAUGAUGCAAUAGGUCGAGUGUUGUUGGGAUGUGCAGCAACGGGUGCCGAAUUGCGUCAUUGGAUGGAUAUGCUCGCCUCCCCAAGACGGCCAAUAGCACAGUGGCAUACACUGCAACCGAUUGAGGACGAUGAAAAGCCUAAAGAGAAUGGGACAGCUGAUUAAUCAAAACACUGGAGAGAGCACAGAGUGUGAAAAGUGGAUACUGGGGUGAUUGAUUUAUUUAAUGAAAACAAUCUAAAAAUUUUUUUUCAGUUUUCGAGGGAUGAGAAUUUUAUUUUUUUUACUCAGAAAUUUCUUUAUAUAAUAUAAUCUAAAAAGAAAAUUUCUAUUAAAAAUCUCGUCACAUUAUUCACAUUCCUCUCACAUUUAUAUAUCUACCAGAUUUUUGUGAAUAUUCAUUUUUGUA